GCUAACCAGCGAAGAAGAAGAACAUCUGACAGGAAGUUUACAAAUGUACUUUUCCGCGAUGAUUUUCCCGCGCUGAAAGAUUCCCCAGUCAUUUUUCAGUCAACCACACCAGGAAGAAUGGACGAACUAUAUUUAGACAACAUUGAUGAAUAUAUAAAUGAUCAUAAUAAAAUAGUGACGUAUAAAUGGCUGAGCCUGGCCCUUGGUGUCCAUGUCAAUAUUGCCAAACAGAUGCUGUACCAUUACCUGGACCGGUGUCGAAAGGAUGGGUCAAACACUCUUCAUGCCACCUACCUUGUCUCUGGAAAGUGUGUUCAGAACGGUAGCUUGUGUCACAAGGUGUCUGUCGUGCGUGAAGACAAACUGGAAGAUAUGAAGUCCAGGAUGGAGCCGGCAGUCAGCAUACACGUGUAUAGCAUCCAGAAAGCUGAGAUAAAAGACAGCAGUACUCUUUACAGUACUGACUAUGAUGCCGUGAGAGAGAAUCUGAAAAACUGCAACAAGUACAGUGCAAUCCAUUGUGCUGCAGCCGUUCCCAUGUCCAGCGCAGAACUGGAAUUGAUUCAAGAAAUACAACGAUCCCCAGAAAAAGUCUCAAAAGCUGGAUUAACUGCUCAAACCCCAGUUGCCAAAGCUAAUGUUAAAGCAAGUAAAGGCAUCAUGGGGAUGUUUGCAAGCAAAAACACAGUGAAGAGUCAGGGGUCCAACGUAGAGGUGAAAGUGGAGAAGAAGGAAGAUGCACCUUCGGUUGAGGCCGUGGAAGUCAAACCUGCACCCAUGGCAAAGUUUUUUGCGAAAUCAACAAAAAAACAGGACAAAUGCAUCAAGAAAGAAGUUGAGCAGUCAUCUCCAGUGGAGAAAAAAGAUCCAGAGUUGCCAUCCAAAUUGGAUGUUGAGAAAGAGAAAGAGAAAGAGAAAGAACCAGAAGAUUUUAAAGCAAAGAGGGAAAACAAGGAUGGGAGGAGUAAGACGAAGAGGCCCGACCUCACGGAUAGUGAGGAUGAGAAGAUGGACACUGGCAGCCAGAAGAAGAAAAGGCGACGGAUAAAGAAACCACAGCUGGACAGCAGUGACGAGGAAGAUCUACCUGCCGUGGCUAAACAGGCUACACCUGCCGUGGUAACCGCAGAAAGCCCAGAGAAAACUACGGAACAACAACCCAUGGCAACUGCACAAGUCUCUAGCGGAGGAAAGAUAAGGAAGAGGAGGCGAGUUUUAAAACCGAAAACGUUUCUUGAUGAAGACGGCUGCAUGGUGACUGAGAAAGCGUACGUAAGUGAAUCCUACUCGGAGGAUGAGGAGGUUGAGACGAGCAAACCCAAGGCUGCUGCUGUCCUGCCAUUCGCUGGGAAGAAAGAGGACGGACGGAAAAAUGCAAAGAAACCCGCCGCGGCUACAAAUAAAUCGUCGAAGCAAGCGUCCAUCAUGGGAUUUUUCCAAAAGAAAUGAAUUUUCCAUUCCUGUGCAUCCAUUAGCUGUUUGUGCAUCUUGUAUAUUGUAUCACUCUUAUGUUGUGUAUCAUGCAAUAAAGAGUUGCUGGUCAAGACUGUA